AAAUACGAUUACAACAUUUGAUGUCGUUAUUUUAAACGCAUUAAAACCUAUCAACAAUAUAUUUUCCAAAAAAGAACGCUGUAAUGAAUAAAAUGGAUUAAAACGAAUUAUUGGGAGAUAAGAGAUUUGUCUCAGUACUGCCCUAACAGAUUUGGCCAUUCUAAAAAGAAAGAUAAAUAACUGGUUUAGUUUUAAGUGGCACGUAGAUUGUGGUUGAGAGAGCAAGGGUUGCCAUCUAUUGUGAUUAAACUAAAGCCCCAAGUUUAAUAGAACUGAUUCUAAAAAAAUGGUUAAAAUAGCAGUUAUUGGUGCUGGUGUCAUGGGUUUGUCUACUGCUGUAAAUCUCCAAAAGCUGAUACCUGAUGCUAAAGUCACUAUCAUAGCCGACAAGUUUGGAACUGAUACAACCAGCACUGGAGCAGGAGGCUACUUUAGACCAAACAUGGAUGAUUUUCAUGUUGAAGACAAGGAAAUGGUGACCCAAUGGGUGAAAGAUUCAUGGGAGUUUUAUAGUGAACUUGCCCAGUCACCUUCAGCCAAUGAGAGUGGUCAAACUUUGGUGUCUGGUACAGUUGUAUAUAACAAACCCCAGGAGAGUGCUUAUUCUUUACUAGCAACUCUGUCCUAUGAUUUUCAUCAAGUGUCAGAAGAUCAGCUGAGAAGGUUGAAUUUAAAUUAUAAAUAUGGUUACAGUUUUACUACUGUUAUUACACAUACAGAAAAGUUUUGUAAGUGGCUUACAGAGAGGUUUCAAGCUGCUGGUGGUGUUAUCCAGAAAAGAAAAAUAAAUGAUAUAAAAGAAUUAGCUGGUGAGUUUGAUAUUGUUGUCAACUGUUGUGGACUUGGAGCCAGGGAAUUGGUGCAUGAUGAAAAGGUUUAUCCAGUCAGAGGGCAUCUAGUAAUGGUUGAUGCCCCUUGGAUGAAAACUUUCUUUUUGUCUGAGGAUGAUGUUUAUUUGAUACCACAUGUUGAUAAAUUGAUAAUUGGAGGAACCAGAGAGCCUGGCAAAUUCAACACAGUGCCUGAUCCUGCAACUCGUGAACACAUUUUAAGUAGAGCACAGGCUCUGUUUCCACAGCUCAAAGGAGUAAAAGUUUUACGAGAAUGGGUUGGUCUGCGUCCUAAACGUGACAAAAUUCGUUUUGAAAUGGAAAUAAUGGACUGCAGUAACAAAGUGAAACUACCAAUCUUUCACAAUUAUGGUCAUGGAGGCCAUGGAAUAACAUUAGGGUGGGGAGCUGGUGUUGGCGCUGCUAAAGCCAUCAAAGAUGUCUGUCAGUCUUCUAGGUCAAGGCUAUGAUGUAUCACUACAAGUCAACUAGAAUUACUUUCAGUUUAAAAUUGGUGUUUUACAUAAAGUAUAUUCUCCUAUUAUAUUUAUUUUAUAUUUAGAGAAUAUAUUUUGUAAGCAAUAUAAUAAAUAAUAAUUAAAAUCUGUGUAUCCUUCAUUGGUUCUGUAUUUACAGAUGAUGUAACUGUUGUUAUAUUAGCAAAAACACUUAUAAAGCUGUUGAGAAGUGGUAUAUUUUACUCUUAAGAAAAAUUAAAUAUAUUCAGAGAUGAAAGGUAACUUAUAGAGUAAUCAGAUCACAUAAGAGAAAGAAAAUUGAAAGUAUGAUUGAGAAAGUUAUUUUCAAAGGUAACCAAUUAAAGUAUUUUGUGGUUUUUGUUACAAACGUUUAAUCAAGAUGCAAAUUUAAACAUUUAAAAAAUAUAUAUGAAUAAAAAAAAAUGGAAAAGUUUAUUUGCUAUUCAUAUUUAUUUAAAUUGGUUUUUAUGUUAAUUUAUGUUGACCUUCUAACUUAAAACACUGAAAUAAAACAAUUGUAAUAAAAUACAGA